GACUUUGCCGGUAUAGGUUGGUCAGGAUACAUGUCCGAAAUUCAGACGAAUUGCAACCUAGAUAAUGAACAGGAAAUCAAUAUCAAUCAAUAUAUGGCCAAAAUGAAACGCCUUUUAAAGAAAAAAUCAAAUUUACAUUGGCAUAUUGAAUUCCUUAAUAAGUACGCCAGAGAGAACAUUAGCCCAUUAGGUCUCCGUAUUCAAGUGUUUCCUUCUUUCCAGACCACUAUACCUGAAUUCAAAGUGGCGUGGGAACAAGCACUCUCAACAUGUAGCACGCAAUUAAUGAAAUUAUUGGUAGGCCAUCAUCAGUCAGAGCUACUAUCCUUAGAACAGGAUAUUUUGCUACUACAAUCCAAUAAUGAAGGUAUUAAAGGCCAUACCCAUUAUGAUAAACGAUGUCAAGACAUCAAAGACUUUAUAACCAAAACAACUAAAGAUAUCAUUUAUAAAAAACAAGUUAAGCUGUCCAAGGACAGAUUUGCAUUUAGUGAGGGCUUUGCCUAUCGCUGGCAGGCCCCCACUCAAUACAAAGGCUCACGUUCUAACUUCAGGGUACCUCGUAACGUAGACAGUAACCAAUACACAACUGAAGAUGAUACUGAAUCUGACUCCUCUUCCCUAUUGCCUUCACAGCCUCCUUCGAGACGGAACUACCCAGCAUCCACUUCCUCCACUUCGGGGACACCACAUUGACCUCACUAAGUCCUUCGAGGAAGCGCUCAGAUACAGCGCGAAACAUGUCAGGACUCCGAUCAACCCAGCGCAAGUGCUAAAAAUCUCCAGUUGCUGAUGAUUUUCUUUAGAAGCCUUUGUACUUAUUUAUGGUUUAAAC